AUGAGCCGGUUUGCAGACGGCUGUGUGCAAACUCUUCCCCAGGCGACGCCUUUGGAGAUGGCUCGGCUCAUGCACGCCUGCAUGAGCGUGUCCUGCCAUGCGCCGGACUUAUUCACAGCCUGUGUGCUACAGAGUCGCGAGCAGGCAGCCAGCAUGGACCCGAGUGGCCUCUCUGCUGCUGCAUAUGCCUUCGGUCAGUGCUUCGAGGUGGCGGAUGUGUCCCAUGUCCGGUACCUGCAGAAAAUCUUCAGACACCUGCGGCUGGCUGCCGUUGCGGGUUUACCAAUGUUCCUGCCCCGCGAGAUUGUGAGCUUGCUGAAAACCUAUGCUCGAUGGCAGAUCACCUUCGAAUGUGGCCACCUGCGCAAGGUGGCUGAAAGGAUGAUCGCUACGAGUUCCCAGUUCGACCUGGACAGCGCCGUCCCUGAGCUCAGCGGAACUGUCGCUGCGAAGCGAAUCGGAAUCGGCUUGUCCUGUCGAACCUGCUGUCUUGGUGCAUCGGGGCGGAGCGUCGCAGUUCUACCUGGCCGUGCCUACCAACAAGGGCCAGAGCUCCUCGCCGCGAUGGGGCGGGCACCUAGGAGGCCAGGCCAGGCCUUGCUCUACUCCGCCGCAACAUUCGGCGGCCUCGUUUUGCUCCUGGGCGAUGGGCUGUCCCGCAGCUGGGCCUUCGUGCGCCUUGCCACGCGGCCCUUGCUCCGCCAACAGGCCGAUGCCGGCGCCAUUCUCCGGCGGUUGCCGGAAAGGUGGUCUGGCCGAAGAGUCACUCUGCAUGCCACCCCCGAGGUCACAGAAGAACUGUCAGGACUACAGGAGUGGAUGGAAGAGGGCGGCACUCCAUCAUCCGGUGUUCGUUUCGUAGACCUGCCAGGUUUCAAGUUCAGCCUCAUCGCCGGCGAGGGCGGAGUGAAGGCAGGCGAAGUGCUGCUCAGAGUGCCCGCCUCGAUGCAUAUCUCGCCAUCUUCCGUGCGCUCCUCAGCGCUGGGGAGGGCCUUGGAGCCCCUGCAGCUGGACGACAGCGCGGUACUGGCGCUGGGCCUCCUCUCGGAGGUGAGCAAGAAGGAGCAAAGCAAGUUCUGGCCCUACCUCAGGAUCUUACCUGGCGCCAGCGACCUUCACAUCCCACUGCUUUGGCCAGAGGAGGAGAGAAGGCGCCUUCUCUUUGGAAGCCCCUUGGACCUAGCGGCAGAGCAACAGCGCCUUGGGUUGCUGGAGCAGUGGAGCAGCAUCCAGGCGAUGGCCAAAGACGUGCCUGACCUUUCCUCCGAGCUAACGGAGGAGGAGUGGCUCUGGGCACAUGCCAUCGUCCUGACACGCGCGUUGCCCUUUGGCAAUGAGCUGUCACUCAUACCUGGCCUCGAUUUGGCCAACCACGAGCUCGGGUCCAACAACACCUGUUCCAUUGGCGUGGCUGCACCAGAUGGUCAAGUGGUUGCGGCCACGGAGGAGGCGCAGCUGGAGGGCAACGAGCCAGAGGCCGUCCUCACGGCAGGCCGUGACCACGCAGCUGGAGAGCAGAUCUUUAUCGACUAUGAUGGUGGCGUCGGGCUCCGCCUGGCUUGGGAAAUGGUGCACACCUACGGUUUUGUGCCAAACAACAUGCCUGCCUAUGCUGGCAGGCCUGUGUUCUUCGAAGGAGUGCAGGCAGAGGAUCCCAUGGCACGGCAGAAGCAGGCCCUUUUCGAGGCUCUGGGUGCGGACCCGGAGGUCUUGCAAGGCUUCUGGCAUGAAGUAAGGCCACUUCGAGCUCAGUGCCGGGCCAUGGCACCCAAACUUCGCUUAGCGCACAUGAAGAAGGAGGAUGGGCCCAUGGCUGCGGACCUCGCAGCCUGGAGGGCAGAGCCCAAGGCUACCCUGCAGGCGCUGCAGAGGCCCAUCAGCCAGGACAACGAAAAGAAAGUCGCUGAGCAGGUUGUGAGCACCUGCUCUGAAGCGCUCUCCGAGCUUCCCGCAGAAGAAGAGCUCAAAGACAAAGCUCUCGUCCGGGAGACAGAGAACGAGGAGCCCAUGGAAGUGCGCUCCCGCCUGGCGGCUCGGGUUCUCCUGGGCGAACGACUCGCCCUCGAGACCUGCAUCAGCGAAUGGACUGAAAGCGAAUAG